AUGACUACACCGUCAUCCCCGCGUAAGCGCCGGCGUCCCGCUCGGUCUUGUGAACAAUGCCGUCGUCGAAAGGUCCGAUGUGAUCUUCAAAUGCCCUGUGCAGGCUGUCGGAUCUCUCGAGGAUCCUUGACUUGCACCUACAGGGAAUCUGGGCGCUCCAGCGCAAGAACCGAUACAGAUAACACGGGCUCCAGUGGAUUACCAUCGAUCCCCGUCGUCUCUGCCCAGGAGGUUAUAGAGGGUCUGAAUACCCCAUCGAUAUUUACCCUAAGAGACCAAAUACAAGACGUCCAGCAUCGGCUUCAGCACCUUGAGAGAUCGACCGUACACGAAGGUCAACGGGAUCCCACUCAUGAUAGAGCAUUGGAUCAAACCAAUGUUGCUGUCCAAGAUUUGACAAGCCGUCUUCGCAAGGCCGAAGAGCAAUUGUCUGAGCUAUCUCGGAAUCAUCAGGGCCAACCAUCUUUUGCAAAGGGGAACCUGACUAUACCCGCCACAAUCCCUCGUCUCCGAAAUACUACCGGCAAGGCCAAGCUGUUUGGACCCAGUCAUUGGUUACAUACGGCUGAAAAGUUUAAUUUGAGUCAGCUUGAUGCCAAAGACCUAGAGCUAAGUUUUGUUGACAGCCAGGCCGAGUUAGCCGGCAUGAUCCAAGAGUGCCGAAAUCUACGGAAGUCUGUGAAAAAACAGCAAGCUGUGCAACUAAAUGAUCCCAUUCCGGAUCUCCUCAGCACCUUUCCCCCCCGGGAAAUCUGUGACCAACUGGUGGGCAAUUACAUGCGAACGUUCGAAUUGAUCUACCGCGUCGUACAUAUUCCAUCAUUCUGGAAGGAAUACGAAAUAUUCUGGAAGCAGCCCCUAUCUACCUCCAUGCCCUUCCUGGUCAAGCUGGGCUUGAUGCUUACCAUUGGAAUGACCUUCUAUGCAGACCGUGAUGAGCACUUAGCCCGGCUAGGCCGAAUCUGGAUCUAUGCUGCACAGUGGUGGCUGGUUGGGCCCUCCGAGAAAUCAACCGCGAAUCUCGACGGACUUCAGGUAUUCUGCCUCUUGCAUGUGUCGCGACAAACCUGCUUCGUGGGAGCCUCUCCGUGGCUUUCUGAGGGCUCUCUAUUGAGAAUGGCCAUGACCAUGGGCUUGCACCGUGACCCUCGACUCUUUCACCUAACCCCAUUCCACUCGGAAAUUCGUACUCGGCUUUGGACAACAGUGCUGGAGCUAGUGAUCCAUGCUUCAACUGACGCCUCACUGCCUCUCCUCCUCUCGCCCUGUGAUUUCGAUGAUCAUGUGCCCCACAACGUCAAAGAUGGCGACUUUAACUCGGAGACCAAGGACCUGUCUUUAUCACAACCCCUGGAAGACUUCACAGAGUCAUCUAUUCAAAUCCUUUUACGACAAUCUCUACCUGUUCGGAUUGAAGUAGCCAAGAUACUGAACAACCACCACACUGAGCAGUCCUACGACACCGCAAUUGACCUUGCUGCAAAGUUGCAAAGUGCAUGUCGUGAGAUUGCCGCUUUCUGUCAGCUGCAUUGGUCUCAGUCUUUGACGAUGCAUUAUAAGUUUUUAGACAUGCAGUUCCGGCGGUAUAUAUUACUACUCCAUCGACCAUACAUGCUAAGAGCUCGCAAAGACCCCCGAUUCUACCUCUCCCGGAAGAUCUGCCUUGAAUCUGCGAUGAUCAUUGCCGCUUGUGCAGAGAAUAUCAAGAUUCCAUCUGAUGUCCUAGACGAUCUUUCCCGCAUGAUGAUCUCAAGCACCGGGUCAUUCCGCGGCGCUUUAACUCUGGAUGUCAUUUCUGCCCUAGCCAUGGAAAUAAUCACUCAGCUGGAAGAGACAGGCAUGGGGUCCUCUUCAAGUACUGGCGAUCUGGCCGUCGAUCCGCUAACAGAGAUGGCCCGCGCGCAGCGAGAGCCUAUAAUCCAAAUUCUGGCGCAUAUCGAGGAGCAACUGUUGCAGAUUAUCGGACUAGGCUAUCCUAGCAUGAAACGAUACGUCUUCCUCGCUGGCAUCUUGCGCCAGAUCCGGGCCAUGGAGUCGGGCCAGAGUGUGCAGCCUGCUGUGGUCAAGACCUUGCGUGACAGCUUGAAGAAAUGUUGUGCAAUGCUACGAUCAUCUCAGACUGCCAACGCUCCGCAGGACUCCUUCGAGACUCUAAUCCAUUCUGAACCCAGCUCCGGGCUAUAUUUCGACCCGAUGGAUCCCAACUUAGCCGUGGACUUUUCCAGUUUCCUUUUUACGACGUUUGGAGGGGAACACGAGGCAGGACUGUAA